GAGAGGAGGAACUCUCUUUCAGCAGACUGCAACUGCUACCACAGCCUGAGUUACUCCUCGGCUUCUGCAGAGACAAGAAAACAAACGCUGCCGCAAAGACUCUUUACUGACUUACUCAGUAACCCACAUCAGCGGAGACUACAAUCGUAAAGCGAGGGAAUAAGCGAAGAUUUCCUCUUUUUGACUAUACGCUACUACAUCUGGAGACAUUGCGAAGAUGUUCGUAUUAUCUGUUGCGUUGAUCCUCAUUGGGACCCUCAACGUGGUCCUCUCAGCCUGUCCAUCGGAAUACGAAUGCCCGCUGGAGUUGCCAAAGUGCGCACCAGGAGUCAGCCUCGUCUCAGACGGCUGCGGAUACUGCAAAGUCUGCGCGAGACAGCUCAACGAAGACUGCAGCAAGUCGGAGCCAUGCGACCACACCAAGGGACUCGAGUGCAACUUCGGGGCCAGCUUCGGGGCAUCCAGAGGCAUCUGCCGAGCAAAGUCUGAGGGAAGACCCUGUGAGUACAACAGCAGGAUUUACCAAAAUGGCGAAAGCUUUCAACCCAACUGCAAGCACCAAUGCACAUGCAUCGAUGGCGCAGUGGGCUGCAUCCCGCUGUGCCCACAGGAGCUGUCCCUGCCCAACCUGGGAUGUGCCAACCCCAGGCUGGUGAAGGUGCCAGGUCAAUGCUGUGAAGAGUGGGUCUGCGAUGAUGACAAAGAGAUGAAUCCAGUGGACAAGCUCUUUGGCAAAGACACCACGACAGAUGAGUCCGAGAGUGACCUCACCAACAGGAAUGAACUCAUCACCAUCUUCAAGGGUGGACUCAAAUCCCUUCCUGCAUUCAGCCCACCUGCUCAGACACACCUGUUUGAAACCCAGAAGUGCAUCACCCAGACCACAGCUUGGUCGCUGUGCUCCAAGACCUGUGGGACUGGCAUGUCAACCAGAGUGACCAAUGACAACAGUGAAUGCAAGCUAGUCAAGGAGAGCCGCAUCUGCGAAGUUCGCCCGUGCACCCAGUCUCCGUACUCCAGUCUUAAGAAAGGGAAGAAGUGCAACAGAACAAAGAAGUCCACCCAAGCAGUGAAGUUCACCUACGCCGGCUGUUCCAGCCUCAAGAAGUACCGACCCAAGUACUGCGGAUCCUGCGUGGACGGCCGGUGCUGCAGCCCCCAGCAGACCCGCACCAUCCGGGUCAAGUUCCGCUGCGAGGACGGCGAGACCUUCAACAAGAACGUCAUGAUGAUCGAGACCUGCAAGUGCACCUUCAACUGUCCCCAUUCCAACGAGGCGUCCUACCCUUUCUACAGACUCUUCAACGACAUCCACAAGUUCAGAGACUAAGUUCUUAAAGGGAAUCGCCUCACUAGAGAUAAGAAGAAAACAAAACAGAAACAGAAACAAAACAAGAACAUGAACUAGCAAUGCAUCUGCAGAGACGCCAUAAAAGGCAAUUAUCUGACCAUCAAUCAUCUUCCAUCUCCUGUUGUAAUUGAAUUUCCAUGGAACUAUAGACUUGCUUCAUGAGGACUUUGAAGAAGUGCACUGUUUGCUGCGACUGAGUCAGCGUUUGAUAGCUUUCAACUUUGAAAGACUUGCUUCAUUUAUGGGAGCAUUAUUCAGUAGCUUCGUUAUGGAGCAACUUGUAAUUAACGGAAACAUGUACAAUGUAGUUGUCGAUAUCAAUUUGCUGUGUAUAUUUUGAUUCGUAAAUAUGAGAUACGACCCGACCUGUAGACUUGUGUGUGUGUAUAUAUCUGCGUUCAUAUAUAUGCACAUACGUAACUAAAAUUUGUAAAUUGCAAGUUUUAUCCCAGAAACAGACACCACUGUGUGUGCUUGUUUAACAAGUCUGUGGGAACAUUCCUUCCAAGUGUGAACCUUCAUGUUCGCAUUGUACGGCAGCUAUUGAACUCCAACUCCAUUAGUACAUCGAGACGAAAUGAGACAUGUUAAAGAUUGAAUGAAUGUUUUAUUAUUGUUAAUAUUAUUUAUCUAAAAUGUAGCUACUUUAUUUGAAUAUUGUCAUACUGGAAUAAAUUGUAAAAUGAUCUAAUUUUAUAUGUAACAAAUAAAAAAUGAUUUAUUUAUGAAAAAA